AUGAUUUGAGUAUUCUUUCUACAAGUACAGUAAAAAAUUUAGGAAAUACGCACCGGUAGUAGCUUCGUACGAAGUUACGAACUACGCGAAGUGGCGGUGUGCCUAUUAAACCGCUGCCAGACUCUGAUCAGCUGUUGCUUGUUAGUUCUUGGUACUCACUUUACUGUCCUAUCCAGUACAUAUACUGUACAAAACAUUCGGUGGAAGAAAUCAGCUGUUUCUUUCCGCAGUAUCGUGGAGUUUCAACUCACUAACUGGUGUUUUCAUUUCUAAUCAAACAUGAUCCUUUCGAAAUUUAAUCCGUUCCGCGGUAGCCUUUUGCAUAUUCGUCGGGCCUCUUCAUGGCAGUCGACGGGCUUACGCUACAAGGAAUUCGGCGAUCCGGACAAAGUGCUUGCCAUUGAAACCGAGUCCAUUCCGCAGACGCUGAGCGAAGGAGAUGUUGCGCUAAAGUUCCUGGCAGCGCCCAUCAAUCCCGCGGAUAUCAAUACCGUCCAAGGAGUGUACGGAGUGAAGCCAAAACUGCCCUGGGUGGCUGGCAAUGAAGGCACCGCCGAAGUACUUUCCGUGGGAUCCGCUGUGAAGAACGUCAAAUGUGGCGACCGCGUUAUUAUGUCUACCGAUACUCCGGGUACGUGGCAGACGCAUGCUGUUGUACCGGCCACGCAAGUGCUCAAGAUCCCCAACGACGUGCCUUUUUGGGCCGCGGCCACGUUGGCCAUCAAUCCCUGCACGGCAUUCCGUAUGUUGUAUGAUUACGCUGCCCUUCGAAAGGGAGACGUGAUUAUUCAGAACGGCGCGAACAGUGCCGUCGGUCAGCUGGUGAUUCAGUUCGCCGCAGCCAACGACUGGCAGACGAUCAAUAUCAUCCGUGACCGUCCGGAUAAGGAAGCCACACUGUCCCAUUUGAAAUCGCUGGGCGGCACUCACAAUAUCACCGACGCCGACCUCCAGGAUCGCAAACUCCUCGGUAGUCUGCCUAAAGCCAAAUUGGGCUUGAACUGCGUGGGCGGCAAAGCCGUCAGCGAUAUGACCAAACUGCUGACGAAUCAAGCCCAACUGGUCACGUACGGUGGCAUGUCCAAGCAACCCCUUCUCGUGCCGACAACAGCCUUGAUUUUCAAGGACAUUGUACUGCGCGGCUUCUGGAUUGGAGCCUGGUGCCGGGAUAGUUCGACGGAGGAGAGAAUUGAGAUGCUGAACAACGUGGUGCAGUUGAUGAAGGAUGCUAAAGUCCGUCCGCCCAAGAUGGAGGCUAUCGGCAUGAAGGAUUAUAAAGAGGCUAUCAAGAAGACACAAGAGGGAUUCUGUGGGAAGAAGUACCUGCUGGUUUUGGAUGAGCAGAUUAUGGAUCAGGUACGGAAGGAACUGCAGUAAUUGUUGGAAGUCAGCCGCCUUGCCGUUCGUUCAAGGUCCUCUAGAAGUUUUUUAAAAUGCACGCUGUGUUACGUUGCAGAGAUGGGUUUGGUGGUGGAAUAAUUACUGAUGUUUUAUCUUGUUAUUCCGGGUUGCCAUUGCACUUCACAGUAUUUUGUAAAAUUUAAGCAUAAUUAUGUCUGAUUUGAUUCGGUGGUUUUUUGGAGGCGUUAACGCGGCAGGGUUUUUUACGGUUUCUUAGAAUUGGAAGCUAAUAUAUAAAUGGUGGGAAUUACAAAAUCUUGAAACUUUGAAAGUAAAAGAUUUGUGCGCUUCU